CUCAUUGCCAGAAUGUCAAAUCGCGGCUUAAGAUAAUUUGACUUGUGCUUUCAUGUAUUUCGUGGCUAUCUGAUUCCUUAAAACAUAAAAAAAACAUAAUCUGUUGCUCCUGAACACUUGGCCAAGGCAGACUGACGUGGCAAAAGUUGAGCUCUUAAGAAACCAAGCAAGUGGAUGUAGAGAAGCUGACAGCUCUGGGUUCAGAGGGGGAAGGUGAGGGUGUGGCUUGGGGCGCAGAGACCAAUGACAUCCAGGACAAAGGCAGCCUGACAGCCAGUGAGGGCACAGAGCCGGGAAGCCCCGCCCACUGCGCCACCUUCCAGAGCCUGAGUCCCACCCUGGUGUGGCCGCGGGGGCCCCAGAACGCAGGCCCCCCCGCGGAGAGAGAGGGCCCCAGGGAUGAGAUGAUGAUCUAUGGUCAGGGGAGUGACCCCAGGGCUCCAGAGGACCUGGCUCAUUACGAGUUCCUGAUGCAGCUCCGCCAGGCCUCGAACCCGGGGCCCCAACGACACGCCAACAACGGAACCAUGGGCGUUUAUCACCCAGACCUCCCCACCCGUGAGGACACGCCCCUGCCCUGCUGGUCGCCAGAGAAACAGGGCUCAUCUGACGGGCAAGACCCCGAGGCCCUGAGGCCUGUGCUGGCGUGCCCGUUCUGCCAGCGCACCUACCAGCGAGACGCUGCCCUGCGUGAACACAUCCGCUUCUGCCAGGAGAGGGAGGGCAGCAGCCGCCUCGUCUGCCCCCUGUGCAGCUACAGCGCCCCCUACAGGGCUCAGAUGGACAAGCACAUGGCCAUGCACAGCCUAGCACCGAACAAGCAUCCGACCAUGUUCGACCUCACUUCGGAAAACAGGAAGUUCAAAUGCCUGCAGUGCGGAAAAGCCUUCAAAUACAAACACCAUCUAAAAGAGCACCUCCGCAUCCAUAGCGGUGAGAAACCGUACGAGUGUGCCACGUGCAGGAAGCGCUUCUCACACUCAGGCUCGUACAGCUCCCACCUGAGCAGCAGGAAGUGUGUGAGCGGGGCGGCGAUGAACGGACAGGUGUACGGCACGUCCUUCCAUGGCUCCUCUCCAGGCUCGCCCCCUAGUGGCCACGGGCGGAACAGCGGGAAGGGCUCCCCGUACGCCUUCCCCAGCCCCGGGGCCCACGCGGACCGGGCCCCGGGGGGGCAGCCAGAGCAGGGGGACCCCAGCCCCGAGUUUUACCAAGCCGACCUGUUCAAGUUCCCUGGCCUGCUGCCUCUCCUGGGCAGCACAGACAGGUUUGGGUACGUCCUGCAGGAGAUGCUGAGGAGGGGCGGGGCUCACAGGGAGGGGGCGGAGCCUGCAGGCGGGGGCGGGGUCACGUGCCGCUGGUGCGCGCAGCUCUUCCCGAGCCGCGCGGUUUUGGCACAGCACGAGCGCUACCUUUGCAGGUUGAACCGGGACCCUGUGCAGGGCCUGGAGCCCUCACCGCCGGGCUGGGGACGGGACGCGGGCCCCCAGGGGCCCCACAAGGCCAACGGCUUCGGCAGAGAGAGGUCUCCCAUUCGCCGGUCCUCCUGGCCCCCCCUCCUCCCCCUGCCCAACUCCCUGGGACCACGCCCACUCUGUUCCCCCCAGCAAAGCCCCGCCCACCACCCCGCCAGCCCAACCUCUCCGUCCUUCCCGGACCAGAGGAGGCACGGGACGCCCCGGAGGUUGGGUUCACCCCUCUGCCUCGACCUGUCGGCCCCCGUUCACGCCCCUGCCUCAUCACCCCCAAACCGCCUCACCCCCCCCAGCAGGACCCCCGGCUCAGCCGACUCCCAGAAUGAGCCCUUGGACCUCUCCCUGCCCAAGCCCCGCUGGGUCGCCGGGGACAACAGGCCCUGCAACGGACUGUCUCCACCCGGCGACAGCAGACAGACCCUGCUGUCCAACCAGCAGCCAGCGGCCUACGCCGGGACAGCCCUGUUCAGCCCCGCCCUCUACAGCGCCCUCCCCCUCUUCAGUCCCAUCAUGCCCCCAGGCCCCCAUCCAGACAGCCUCUCCCCCCUGUCCCUCAACCCCCUCACCCACAACCGCGCCCCCUUCCUGCCUCCACUGCCCUACAUGAUGGAGUCCGACACAGACUCCUUCCUCAAGAGGAUCCAUCAGGAACAGCAGAGCUUAAUGAGCGAGGCGAUGGGCCGUGGUUGCCUGGACUACCUGUCGCUGAUGGACGAGGGAGCGGAUGGGGAGGGGGGCCUGGGGAGAAAGAGGCUGAAGAAAACCGACGAGGGCCUGUAUGCCUGUGACAUCUGUGACAAGACCUUCCAGAAGAGCAGCUCCCUGCUGCGCCACAAGUACGAGCACACAGGGAAGCGUCCCCAUGAGUGUAAGAUCUGCAGGAAGGCCUUUAAGCACAAGCAUCACCUGAUCGAACACAGCCGGCUGCACUCCGGGGAGAAGCCCUACCAGUGCGACAAGUGCGGCAAGCGCUUCUCCCACUCCGGCUCCUACUCCCAGCACAUGAACCACCGCUACGCCUACUGCAGCCGUGAGCAGGACCCCGGCAACCACCCCGGCAACGGCCUUGGGGAUGGCGCGACCCUCCUCUGCCAGGGGCAGGGCCUGGAGGCGGUGCUUGGCAGGGCCAGCUUCCUCAGUGAGUCCAGCCUGGAUGGGGGGCUGAGGGAGGAAGAGGAGGAGGAGGAGGAGGAGGAGGAGGAGGAGCAGGUUGUGAGGGGGGUGGAGUUGGGUGCCUUGAUGGACAGGUCGGUCAGCAGCGAGGAUGGUAGUGGCGUGGAGCUGGGGGCGGAGCCUGAAGCUGGGGGGCGGGCCGGAGCAGGGGAGGGAGGACCCCAGUCCGAAGGGGUGCAGGAGUGUGAUGACGGAGACCACAGCACAGGCUAA